AGUCUACAUAUAACAUGACACAAGCUAACAUCUUACAAAUAGACUCAAUUUUGAUAAUUUAUAAAUACGUUAUUGUCCUGAUAAUGUUUAAUCAAAUAGAUAAGAGAUAACCGUAGGAUUGAACUGUGCAUUACUUGAAAAAACGUUGCAAUAAUGAUUUCGAAUGAAAAUAUUUGAAAAUAAAUCUGUUUAAAUGAAAAGGCAUAAAUAAGAAUAGACAUGAAUAGGAGUAUUACUUUAUCCGAAAUAGUUUCUUCAACGUUCACAAACAAUGUAGGUGAAAGGGAAAAUUAUAAAAACCAUAAAGAAAAGUUUGUGUUGAAAAUUGCAGUGGGUAUUAUUGAGUUUUUAGUUGCAUCUGUAUAUCAAUGUUAUGGAAUUAUACUCGCUAAUUUGAUUGAACAAGGGAUUUAUCCUGUAGAAAAGGUCACAUGGACCACAUUUAUUUAUAUAGCAGCAUGGAAUGUAUCAGCACCUUGGUCACAUAUUUUGGUACAAUAUUGGGAUAAUAAAGGAUGUUUUCCUUAUAAAACAUUGAUAUCGGCGUCUGCGAUAUGUUUAGCCGGUGGAAUUAUGAUACCUUAUCAUAUAUUAUGUUACGGAAUAUUCGGAGGUAUUUUCAGUAAUAUAAUAUAUACUCAAUUAAAAUAUUUGGUUCGGAAAAAGUACAAGAGCGCGGAAAGAGCAUUCGAAGGUAACAUCCAAUCAGCGAGGGCGAUAAGUUUGAUGAUAAUGCCUCAUAUAGUAUUAAUCCUGAUCGAUAAUUAUACGAUGAAUUAUGUAACUAUGAUUUACGCUGGUAUUAUCCUUAUAGUUAUUCCCGCUAGUUUCAUUUUGAAAGAACCUCGACAAUACCGUGAUAUAUCACCAGGAAUGGGUAGAUAUCAAACUUUACCAGCAUUCUCGCAGCAAAUGAAAGAGAUGAAAGUAUUCGCAAAUUCUGCUAAUACAUCCGAUAUGAAACACGGAGAAUUAUACAACAACGACGAAAUAUCCGACGAGGAAGUAUCCGAUAACGAAGACGACGGAAAAAACCAAGAUAACGACGAUUUAAUAAUACAAGAAGAAUCUUAUAACAAAACGAAUAAUAUUUACUUACCCCCGGCACCUUUAACCCCCACUACGGUUCAAUUAUACUACAGUCACGCCGGUGUGAGUAUUUUACCGCAAAUACCUGAAGAAGUAGACGAAAUAGACGAAACUAACAUCAACGUGAUCGAUCCUAAGAGGUUGAGUAGGAUCAGUACGGCCCUGGAAGAAUUGAAUAGGAUCGAAAAAAAGGAAAUUGUGAUACCGAAGGAGAUCGUGAUAAAACCCGAACCGAUUCAGAACAUCGAGUAUAUUCCGAAUUAUACCGAAAAGAAGAAUCUAUUUUUGAAAGAUAUGAAGUUCGAUAAAAAGAAACCGUGUUGUUCUUGUUCUCCUUAUAGCAUAUUCUUGUGGAAAAGAAGAAUAAGAUCGUGGAAAGAUUGUUUGUUAGAUACGGUGUUCGUACCUCUAUUUCGGUCCCUUACCGAUCCACAUUUUUAUCCAAUUAUGAUUUCGAAAGUACUUUUAGGUAUAAGUUCGAAUUUUUUCAUUUCUCUUACCCCGUAUAUCACUCUAAAGAAAAAUGACGGUUAUAAAAAAGAAGACAUGGCGUUUUUAUUGUCUUAUAUCGCGUUUUCUUGGUGUUUAUCUUUGGUAUUGUUACCGUUAUUGAUGAAAUUCUCUGCUACGAAGUUGAGGAUUACCUUUGUUGUUGGACUCGCCUUCUCCACUUGCAGUAUGUUACUGCUAACAAAGAGAAAAAUGUCCAACGAUUUCAUCACCUGGAGCUGCCUCUUUUUCGGAUUCGGUUAUGGUUUAUCGAGAUUUGCGGAAAUGUCCGUAUACAGAUUCUUCGUAGGCAAAAGAAAGUUUUCUAGGCUAGAAGGAAUCCUCAACACUAUCUCCGGUUGUCUUGUGAUAUUAAUUUAUUAUUUAAUUUAUAUUUACAAUUUAGAUUUAGCGGCAUUCUUUCCCCUAACUACUGCCAUUUGUUAUUUCGUCGUCGGUGUGACCUGGCUGGUCAUACCUAUCAUUAAAGAUGUAAUUGUAUAUAUGAAUAAGUCUUUUAGAAGAAGUGAAAGUGGUAGUAUUUUGUGAUUUGUUUAUCAAUAAAGGUAUUUAUUUAUGUUUU